AUGAGGAAAAGUGGACAGGAAAACCCCGGUUUUAGUCCAUUUGAGUUCAUAUUCGUACACCAGGCGAGUAGUCCUCUCACUGUGUUGAAAGACGUUCGGACAGGAAAGUCAGAUCCACCGCUGAGUGUAAGGAAACACACCCACACUGCUUCCCUAUGCUUUGAUGGUGCUCUUAAUGUUGACCUUACUGAGUUCCAGACCAACUUGGUCCCUUACCCAAGGAUCCACUUCCCAUUGGUAACUUAUGCACCUGUAAUUUCUGCAGAGAAAGCUUACCAUGAGCAGCUUUCAGUUUCUGAAAUCACUAAUGCCUGCAUUGAACCUGCCAACCAAAUGGUAAAAUGUGAUCCACGUCAUGGAAAGUACAUGGCCUGUUGUCUGCUUUACCGUGGAGAUGUUGUGCCAAAGGAUGUAAAUGCUGCAAUUGCUACAAUAAAGACAAAGCGAACGAUCCAGUUCGUAGAUUGGUGCCCAAAUGGUUUUAAGGUUGGGAUUAAUUACCAGCCACCUACUGUAGUCCCUGGUGGAGAUUUGGCUAAAGUUUCACGUGCUGUGUGCAUGUUGUCUAACACUACUGCAAUUGCAGAAGCUUGGGCACGUCUGGAUCACAAAUUUGAUCUUAUGUAUGCAAAGCGAGCAUUUGUUCAUUGGUAUGUUGGAGAGGGAAUGGAAGAGGGAGAGUUUACUGAAGCCCGUGAGGAUCUUGCUGCCCUUGAGAAAGACUACGAAGAAGUUGGUGUGGACUCUGCUGAUGCAGAGGGUGAGGAAGAAGAUGAGGAAUAUUAAGCAGUCUGCAGAAAGAUUUGAAGAAUCUCAAUAAAAUU